GUGACUCCAUCCCGGAAGUGAAGCUGGACUGGAUGACAACAACACCGAGCGGUCACUCGUCUGUACAUGUCUGUGCAUGGGGCGAGUUUAGUGUACAUGUCAACCCUGCUGCUGCGGAAACAUGUCGGACAUUUUACUGAGAAUAAAAAACAGCGUGGCGGAGAAGAAGAAGACGUCUGUGAGUCAGAGUGACGUAAAGAAGUGGGGUUUGAGAGGGAUACAGCUGAGACCUUACCAGCUGGAUGGUGUGCAGUGGUUAACUCAGUGCCUGAAGAACCAGCAGGGAUGCAUCCUGGGAGAUGAGAUGGGUUUGGGAAAAACCUGCCAGACGAUCUCUCUGCUCGUGUACAUGUCAGGAGCUCUCGGGAAGAAAGGCCCGUUUUUGGUGCUGAGCCCGCUCUCUGUCAUGGAGAACUGGAGAAAGGAGCUGGAAGGCUUUGCCCCCUCUCUGACUGUGCUGUGUUACAAGGGAGACAAAGAGAGACGGGCUGAGCUUCAGAGGGAAACGGACACCCAGGAUUUUCAUGUUCUGCUCACUACAUAUGAGCUGUGUCUCAAAGAUGUUUCAUUCUUGAGACGGUGGAAGUGGAAGGUGCUUGUGGUGGAUGAAGCUCACCGACUAAAGAAUCAGAAUUCACUAUUGCACAAAACCUUGACACAGUUCUCAGUUGGCUUCAGAGUCCUGCUGACAGGAACCCCCAUCCAGAACAACCUGCAGGAGCUCUUCUCGCUGCUGAGCUUCAUUCAGCCCAGCAUCUUCACACCUGAUGACGUGGACAGCUUCCUCAACACUUACUCCAACGUGCAGAAUCAACCAACUCUCGCUGCUGAGCUGCAGAGCGUCCUGGAGCCCUUCCUGCUGCGUCGAGUCAAGUCAGAAGUGGCCGUAGAUCUGCCGAAGAAGACAGAGCUGGUGAUGUACCACGGCAUGUCGGCUCUGCAGAAGAAAUACUACAAAGCUGUUCUGAUGAAGGAUCUGGAGGCUUUUGGAAAUGAGCAGAAGACGCGGCUGCUGAACAUCUUGAUGAACCUCAGAAAGUGUGUUGACCACCCGUACCUGUUUGAUGGGGUGGAACCGGAGCCUUUUGAGAUGGGGGAGCAUCUCAUUGAAGCCAGUGGGAAACUGUGCCUUUUGGACAGCAUGCUGACUUACCUUCACAAAGGGGGUCAUCGAGUCCUGCUGUUCUCGCAGAUGACGAGGAUGCUGGACAUACUUCAGGAUUACAUGGAGUAUAGAGGUUAUGGCUAUGAACGUCUGGAUGGGUCCGUCCGAGGAGAGGAACGGAAUCUAGCGGUGAAGAACUUCAGCAGCAAAGACGUCUUUGUGUUUCUUCUCAGCACUAAAGCAGGGGGAGUGGGCUUGAACCUCACAGCUGCUGACACUGUCAUUUUCAUGGACAGUGACUUCAACCCUCAAAAUGACCUGCAAGCUGCUGCACGCUGCCACCGGAUUGGUCAGAACAGGCCUGUGAAAGUAGUCCGCCUUCUGGCUAGAGACACUGUGGAGGAGAUAAUGUACUCCCGUGCUGUUUCCAAGUUGCACCUCACCAACACUGUUAUUGAGGAGGGACGCUUCUCUUUGCUGGACCAGGCUCAGUCAGCUGCUGCAGGACUGCAGCUGAGUGAGAUCUUAAAGUUUGGGGUGGAUAAGCUUCUGUCAUCAGAGGAGAGCUCUGUACAGGACGUGAAACUGGAGCAGAUCCUCGGUCCAUCACGUGACGGUCAGUGGGUGGCUGAUGAAGACUUCACCUCACUCAAAAAGGAAGUGGAGGAGGAAGAAAGCAUCUCUGAUUCGGAUGGACAAAACCACAUGUACUACUUCGAGGGGAAAGAUUACAGUAAGGAUCCCAGCACUGAAGACCAGAAGAGUUUCGACCGAUUGCUGGAGGAACAGCUGGAUGAGUUCCAGAAAACUGCAGGAGAGGGACGAGCUCUACGACACAAAGCUGGAGUUUCAGUGUCAGCAGCCCUUCAGAUUCCAACCAGGAAGAGGAAACAUCUUACUGAGGCUGAGCUGGAACUGAGGCGCCAGAAGAGGAAGGAGGCUGCAGCCAAGAGAGCCAAGAUGCAGGAGGACCUGAAGAAGAAGCAACAAGAGCAGAAAUACAAGAAAAAAAUGGCGUGGUGGGAGUCAUGCGGGUACAGAUCUCGGAGCCUGCCUUCUCUUGACAGUGAAGAAGAAGAAGAAGAAGAAGAAGAAGAAGAAGAAGAAGAAGAAGAAGAAGAGGAGGAGGAUGACAGCAGUGUGUGUUCCACAGACUCUGACAGUAUGGCCAUCCACUAUGUUCUGGGUGAUGUUACUCAUCCUCACACCGCUCAGGGAGAUGCUAUCAUUGUCCACUGUGUUGAUGACUCAGGCCGGUGGGGCAGGGGAGGCUUGUUUACAGCUCUGGAGGUGAGAUCUGAUGAACCACGAAAGCAGUAUGAGCUGGCCGGCAAGAUGAAAGAUUUGGACCUUGGAAAUGUGCUACUCUUCCCCAUAGAUGACAAACAGUCAAGAUUAGACGGUCAGGAUCAAUUGGCCCUGAUAGUGGCACAGCAACGAGACAGAGCCAACAACCUGUCAGGAAUCUUUCUGACAGCUCUGGAUGACGGUCUGAAGAAGAUUUACACUGCAGCCAAAAAAAACAAGGCAAGUGUACACCUUCCACGCAUCGGACACUCCACCAAAGGCUUCAACUGGUACGGCACAGAGAGGCUCAUCAGGAAACACCUGGCUUCCAGAGGCAUCCCCACAUUCAUAUACUAUCACAGCAGAACAGCGAAGAAAACUGCUCUAGCUCAGACAUCCACCUCUGCGACAUCAACAUCCUCCCCUCAACCACAGGUGCAUAACUCCGACAGGUCGAGUGAUGACACAGAAGCAGAAACCCCCGGCCCCUCAGCUCCUCCCCACAGCACCGACCCUGCAGAGCUCCCAAGUUUCAUGAGAGGAGUCCGCGUGUUUUUCUACAACCUGCCUGCAUCAGAGAGGAAGAGGCUGGCCCGCUACCUUAUCACUUAUGAUGGAGAAGAGGAGGAGAUCAUGAAUCCGGAGGUCACCCACAUAGUUGCAGAGGUGGAGAACAGCAUCCACACACAGGAGCUCCAGGAUCUGGUGGACCGGUUCACUCAGGCUGUCCCUGUCCGGACAGACUGGCUUGAGUCCUGCUUCUCCAAACAGCAAAAAGUCAACACUGCAGUGUUCUCACAUGAUCUCAGAUAACACCAUUUUUAAUUGUUUUUAAUCUUUUUUUUAAUGUUUUUUUUUUUUAAGUUUGAAUGAACCUGGGUUGCUACUUGCAAAUGCACUAAAUGUCAAGUCAUUUAAAAAAAAAAAAAAAACUUUCUAUAACUGACAUAAGGAGUUAAUAAUAAAAAAAACACUUGUAUCUAAUUCUGUGUUGAAAGUUUGUAUGAUAAAU